AUGGCAACUACAACUACUACUAGGUCUUUUCUACAAGCAGUCGCGACGGAAGAGGUUGCGACUCCUCUUAGAGUCGUUCAGAUGGAAGGACUGGUUAUCCUGAAGAUAAUUAAGCAUUGUAAGGAUCACUCACCUUCUUUAGUCACUGGACAACUUCUUGGGUUGGAUGUUGGCAGUGUUCUUGAAGUUACUAACUGCUUCCCUUUUCCGAUGAGGGAGGAUGAUGAGGAAAUUGAAGCUGAUGGUGCCAAUUAUCAGCUUGAAAUGAUGAGGUGCUUGAGGGAGGUUAAUGUGGACAAUAAUACUGUUGGAUGGUACCAGUCUACAUUGCUUGGCUCCUAUCAAACUGUGGAGCUGAUUGAAACCUUUAUGAAUUACCAGGAGAAUAUUAGACGCUGUGUUUGCAUAAUAUAUGACCCAUCAAGGGCUGAUCAAGGUGUCCUAGCUUUGAAGGCCUUGAAGCUCUCAGACUCAUUCAUGGAACUGUAUCGCAGCAAUAAUUUUACUGGGGAAAAAUUGAGGGAGAAAAACUUAUCAUGGGUGGAUAUCUUUGAGGAAAUACCCAUCAAAGUUUCAAAUUCCGCCCUUAUCAGCGCUUUUAUGACUGAGCUGGAACCCGAUACUCCAGUCACUCAGUGUGAUUAUGAUCGCCUGCAACUGUCAACCAGUUCACUAAUGGAGAGAAAUAUGGAAUUUUUGAUUGAAUGCAUGGAUGACUUGUCACUAGAACAGCAAAAGUUCCAAUUCCACUAUCGUAGCUUGUCUCGUCAGCAGGCUCAGCAGCAAGCAUGGCUUCAGAAGAGAAGGGCGGAGAACAUGUCACGCAGAGCUGCUGGGGAGGAGCCUUUGCCCGAGGAAGAUCCUGCAAACCCCAUUUUCAAGCCGCUCCCUGAACCAUCACGGCUGGAGAGCUUCCUCAUAACAAAUCAAAUCUCCAACUAUUGCAACCAAAUCAAUGGGGUUGCAGGUCAAAGCUUUAACAGACUAUAUUUGAUGAAGGCUUUGCACGAGGAAUGA